CGGGGUGGGGGUGGGGGGUGGGGGCGGUGCCGCUAGCGUGGCCCCGGAGCCCCGCAGCGAGGAACCGGGCACGGCUGGACACCGAGCCUCGCCGUCCCGGAGCAGCCAUGGAGCUCCUGCCUCUGCUCACCUGGGCGCUGCUGCCAGGCUGCUGGGCGGUGAGGGGGCCCGGCGCCGUGCAAGGAUUCCUGGGGCAGUCCCUCUCGGUCACCUGCACGUACAAGUCUAGCCAGGAGAUGUUGCCGAAAUACUGGUGCAAACCGGGAACAGUUCUGACCUGUAAUCAUGACAUUGUCAUCACCUCGGAAACGCGGCCCUACGUGCGGCAGGACCGAUUCUCCAUCCGUGAUAAUCGUAACCUGCAGAGUUUCACGGUGACCAUGGAGGGUCUGGUUAAGAGUGAUGAGGGCAGCUACUUCUGCGGGGUGCGAAACAGCAUAUUGUGGCCUGAUGACAAGGACAGUGUGAAGGUGAUCGUGUCCCCAGCUCCUCCUUCCUUCUCCCCAGCAUCACCCUACACCACCACCACCAAGUGCCCCGAUCCCACUAGCUCUGUAUCAGUCCCCACACAGACAGCUCCCCGGGAGGAAGCUGUGCAACCAGGAUCCGAUCUCUCACACAACAAAGGCUCCAGCCCUCCACACUUGGAUGUGGUUGGGCACAUCCUCACUCCAGGCAUCGUAGUGGCUCUUCUUUUGCUUGCAGUUGCUGUUGGCAUUUUGGUAAUACUGUCCAGGAAGAGGAAGAAGGCCCCCUCCGGAGCAGCUGUAGAGAUGGACAGGACUCGCAGUGCUUCGCAUACAGGAGCAGAUGCCUUGAACUACGCGGUCAUUAACCACUGCACAGGCAUAGCGGAGAGCCAGUUGUACAGCAAUGUCGAAACUUUCCGCUGCUCGGUGAACACCGCGACGGAAUACAUGGAGGUCAAGCAGAGCAAUAAGUAUCUGGAAGAGGAAAAAGAGGCUACAUAUGCCAGUGUGCACAAGUCCUUGAUGGAGCAGCAGGAGAUAUAUGCCAAUGUGCCGUUGGCUCCACAGCCCAGAGAAGAGCCCUCCAGCGCAGUGAGGGAGGUGUGAGCCAGCCCCCGGCCCCACCCUCUGCUCCCGCUGCCACAGCCCCGGGGACACACACACAGGGGACAUCGGGUUGGCUUUCUGCUCAGGCUGGCUUGACAGUUGAGCUGCUGCUCUCAUAGGCUUAGACAUUUCCUUGGAGCAACCUCAAAGAGGAUGAGGUUGAGCAGGAGGUGCAGAGCAAGUUGAAGAUGAAAUCAUUCCUCUGCAGUUGGAGACCUCACCUGUACAGCAAUGGUGCUGGGAGUAGAAAACUAUCCGUUGCACUGGGGUAGCGCAGAGACCAGCCAGGCAGGGUGUGGAGGAGCCUGGCGGUGGGAGGUGAGAGUGGACUGCAGGUUGUGGGUGGGCUGCCUGGGUCCCUGCACCCAGCACCCACCCUGCUUGCCCUUUUGGCUGCGUUAUUCACGUGGGCUAAAGCUCCAAACCCAGUGGUCACCUCAGACUGAUGUUUUUUCAUGCCAAUGCCAGGCAGAGCUGACAGCUCCUGGGAAGCAGGACAGCAGGAAAUGUCGUACCCGACUGCAUUCAUUAUAUCCAAGUGCAUUCAUUGUAUUCAAAUACCAGGGGGCUUGGGUGGAGGGUGCAGUGCACUGGGAUCUCGAUGCAGGGGAGAUGGCAGAGGUGCUCCCAUCCCUCCUGUGCAGCAGCUGGGUCUCCCCUGACCCCCCUGGUCUCAUAGUCCCCAGGGGGGGUUGCUCCUGCUCUGCCUCCCCCACCACCCCAAAGGAACCCCAGGCUGGGGGCACGUGGAUGGGCUGUAACCAUGACCCUGCUCUUCUCUGCUUUGCUGAUUAUUUAUUUUGUGGCACACACAAGUACAUUCCUCUGAGUAAAUUAUCGCUCCUUUAUCAGUGACAGCAACUGAGAAUCCGAUAGCAUCUAGUGCAGUGUUUGGCUGUGUUUGUACAUCAGUUCUCCACCUCGCUAAAGGGUUGAUUGCAGAGUAUCACCCCGAAAGCAGGUCCAGCCCCUUGCUGGUGCCCAGCUGGAUGCCAGCAGCAUGGGAACCCAGAUCUUUAGGGGCAAGGACUCCACUGUGCUGUGGGCAUGGUCCUGCCUCUGCGUGCCAGUGCUCUCCUCUGUAUUCCCUCUGCUCCUGCCCCGGGCCAGGCAAUUCAUCCAUCAUGACAACCCACUCCCCCCAAAAACAGGUUACCAGGUUAAGCAUCUAUUUGUGAGGCUGAGCCAAGCAUAUUUCAGGGGUUCAUUUGGAGAGAAUUCGUUCACUUGGUUAACUGCUGCAAAGCUUUGUUUCAGUGUUUUUGUAAUUAUUUCAUUUGAGAAGCCACGUGGAGUAUCCCUGCUCUGUCAAAACCAAAGACAGCUGGAAGUAAAUGUCUGUGGUACAAGA